AUGGAACUUCUCCCCUUCGAGCUUCAAGAUAGUAUUCUUCGCGAUCUCGGAUCCAUCACCGACAUCAAAGCAACUCGUUUGCUCAACAGACACUUUCAUGAGCUAGCCACACCGCAUCUCUUUUGUCGCAUCUUUCUCACGGUCCAAACCGACAGCUUCGAACGGUUGAAUCAGAUUUGCAGCUCUACGCUCUCGCAGCAUGUCCGCUGCCUACACUACAACAUCUGGGAAGCUCCCCUUAUUCUCGAACGCGAGUGGAACCAAGGCCUAGCGAGGUUGGCAUGGAAGGGCAAGCAUAUUCAACUUGGGCGCCUCCCGAAAUAUCAGGAGUAUCACGACUCCUUCAGCAGCCAGGUGCAUCACAACGAACACGGCUUACUCGUGAAGGCUUUCCGACGUCUUCCAGCACUUCAGAGCCUAGAGAUCUCAGAACGCGAACCCUCAGGCCUCCCCUUGGAGGCCGGACAGCAUAUGGACCUGGCCCACGUCGCCACCGCCGUCAGCUGCUCGCGUGAUGACAUCCCGAGCGACCGUGCCUCAGCCAUGUCAGGAGAGGUGUCACGGGCUCUCACCGUGAUUCUGGCGCACGGCGAAGCCUCGAACGCGUCUCUCGACUCUCUCAGCUUGCAGGGGUUCCGAUGGCCUUGGCUGGAUAUGCGCGAUGUGAGGAUGUGGCACGGAGAGUCAAUCCUGAACGCUGCCUUGAAGAAUCUGCGAUGGUUGCGCAUCUCGGUUGCCGAGUCUGGGUCGGGGGCGAACGGCAUCUUGGCGGAUAUUCCGGAUCCCGCCGCUGCGGUGGAGGUUUGGAAGGGACUUGUCGGACGGGCGGAAGGUUUAGAGAGGAUUGAAGUCUCUGUAGAGUAG